UGCCGCCCUCCCCGCCGCUCUCUCGCGGGCUCAUUUUCACUGCCGAGGGCUGGCGACAGGAGCAUUGCAACCAGAUCUCUAACUGGACUCAGAGUUUUCCAGCUAAUGGCCUCUGCUUUCUCUUUGCCUGAGCUUUUUCAGUUGCUGUUUUGCCAGAUCUGUUUUUCUUUGGUGCAGCUAGGGAGAGGGCUAGCCUGAUUUGUGAGCCACAAAGAGAAAAAGUGAGUUCUUCGGGGAUUUUUUGGUAGUGAAAACAUCUAGCAGUGCUUUAACAUGUCGCUGUGAAGUGCACUGCUGUGGGACCAGCCGGUACUGAGGAGUAGGAGGAGGAAAAGCCACCCAGCAGCUCUGCUUUCAGACCUCUGCACUCUUUGCAUAUGACAAUUGCUUUUUAACUCCAGUCGGCCGGGGCAGGAUGAGAACCAGCAGCCCCCCCUGGGACCAAGCUGUCCUCCAGCCUCCUGCCUGCAAUGCCUGGAAGGAGCACAUGGAGGGAGCGGCCUACCAUCUGGCCAGCUGUAUCGUUCUCCUAGGCUACAUGGGUGGCAGCGGCAUCUUUGGGUCCCUCUACAUUUUUGGCCUCCUGGCCCCGGGCUACUUCUGCUAUGCUCUGUGGGGCUGGCUGAGCGCCUGUGGCCUUGACAUCUUAGUCUGGAAUGCGCUGCUCGUCCUCACCUGCGUGCUGCAGCUGGCUCACCUGGCUUACCGACUCCGCAGAGACACCGUCCCCGAAGAGUUUGAGCUUCUCUACAAGGCCAUGUACCUGCCCUUGCAGGUGCCCCUGGAAGUCUACAGAGAAAUUGUGAAGUGCUGUGAAGAGCAAGUGCAAUCAUUAGGCCGAGACCAGAAUUACGCAGUGGAGGGCAAGACGCCCAUCGACCGGCUCUCCUUGCUGCUGUCUGGCAGGAUCCGUGUGAGCCAGGAUGGGCAGUUCCUCCACUACAUCUUUCCAUACCAGUUUCUGGACUCUCCAGAAUGGGAGUCACUACGACCUUCUGAGGAAGGAACGUUCCAGGUCACACUGACAGCUGAAACUGACUGCAGCUACAUCACCUGGCCAAGGCGGCGGCUGUACCUCCUUCUGAGGAAGGACCGCUACAUUUCCCGCCUCUUCUCCUCCCACUUGGGCUAUGACAUCUCAGAGAAGCUCUACUCCCUCAAUGAGAAGCUCUUCGCCAAGUUUGGUCUCCGCUUUGACAUCCGCUUGCCCAGCCUCUACCAUGUCCUGGGACCGGCCUCCUCAGAGGGGGAGCUGGAGGAGGCCGAGGAGCUGCCGCGCUCACCACAGCCUGAACAUGGGCUGGACGGGGCCUUGGAACCCCCUCCACAGCCUCCACCACCACCACCACCUUCACGCCCUCGGUCCUCCCGGGCCGAGAGCGACCUGCUGGGUGAGGACUCCACCAGUCUUGUCUUGGAAGAUUUUGCUGAGUUACCAGGGUCAUUUAUGGACUAUGUGAGCGAAGGGGAGUAUAUGAAGUGAGGGUGCUCCCUACACGGGCAUGCGUCACUCCAUGUGGCACCCCUGCCCUCUGAGAACCUCUGGAGCCACCUUCCUGCUCCCUGCAAAGGACGAGCUCCCCUGGCUCCCACGCAGACCCCCGAGCUCUAGGGAACAGCAGGCUGUUUGGAUCCCAAGCCCUCCUGGGGGGGCUGUGUACUCACACAC